AGAGAGAGAGAGAGAGAGAGAGAGAAUGAGAAUUUGACUCAAAAGCAUACCUGUUAUUCUGAAUCUACCACACAAGAGCCGUUUAAUUCCAGCCCAGCCCUCCAGGGAAAGCUGGUAGUCUGUUAGUAUUCUCUCUUCCACUGGCCACUCAAUGCUCUGAUUUGUCAGGUGCUAUGUAAGAUGCUCUUUUUUUUUUUUUUUUUUUUGGACUAAAAUCUCCUCUUCAGCAUUUGGUUGGUGCAGUUUUGGGUUACAGAUGAGCCUGUCAGCUUCUGAGCGUGAAUGGCCUGCCCCAUUUCCCUCUAUAAAGACACAUGUUCCCUUUAUUUUCCUAACAGAGGGAGAGAGUAAAAUGACCACUGUAUGCAGCAUCCUACAGAGUCUGGAUUAUCAUUUUAAAAUUUAAUACGUAGGCUUUCUCGAUCCCCGGCCAUCUCGGUGGCUGGUCUUGGUUGGGGGCUGUCCCGCACCUAAGGCAGGAAGAUGGUGGCCACAAAGAAAACGAAAAAGUCUCUGGAGUUGAUCAACUCUAGGCUUCAACUUGUUAUGAAAAGUGGAAAGUACAUCCUGGGGUACAAACAGACUCUGAAGAUGAUCAGACAGGGCAAAGCGAAAUUGGUUAUCCUCGACAACAACUGCCCAGCCUUGAGGAAAUCUGAACUAGAAUACUAUGCUGUGUUGGCUAAAACUGCUGUCCAUCACUACAGUGGCAAUAACAUUGAAUUGGACACAGCAUAUGGAAAAUACUACAGAGUAUGCACACUGGCUAUCAUUGACCCAGGUGAUUCUGAUAUUAGAAGCAUGCCAGAACAGACUGGUGAAAAGUAAACCAGGACAUUUCCCUUUAAUAAAACUUUACCAGAGCUCUUUAAAAAAAAAAUAAUACAUAGAUCCUUGGGUGUUGAUGGUCAAAGCUAUAAUUUAGCAGUGCAGUACCAAAUAAAAGUUGAGUGAAAGAUUUCAGUAUAUAGCAAGCAUUUCCCUGUGUUUGUUUGGGCUCUGUAAUUUCGUUUCUGCUUCUUUUUUCUUACCUAAUUCCAAGAGAUGCUGCUUUCCUACAGAUAACACAAGUAGCCGCAGAUAUCCAAGUGAGGUGUGAUGGCCCCAUUGUUUUAUUCAACUCACAUCUGUUGCAGACUACAGGGAAGUCUUGAUUGAAGUGUGGUUCCCAUGUCUUCGGCUGUCUGGACUUGGAUCUAAGUGCUGGGAAAUGUCUGUGGCUUUAAAUGCAGUGUUAGAAGGGUGGGAAGGGCAGGGCGAGCCAGCCAGGGAUGUUCCCUGGGCCAUCACCAUGUUAUACAUUAUAAUGAGCCCUCAGGCUUCCUGUCCAACUUAGGAAGAGAACAGGCGGGCAUGAGGCGGACAGAGGCCUGGGAGCUUCCUUUGGAGAGUCUGUUUUCCUAAGUGACUGUGGGCGUCCUGACUUGUCUGUGUAGAGCUGUUUUGUUGUCCACUCUUCCUUUGCUGUUUUUCAUGUAUAAGCAGACUCUCUUGAGAUACAGUGGUCGGGAGGAGGCUCAUUUCUCCCAUCUCUUUAGUGAGGCAAUUCUUGGGCAUUUGUUUUGGGCUCCACUAUUUGUGAGGUUGGUGUUCAUCAGCCUCACUUUUUCUGGUCUCCUCGUAGUUGAUAGACAGCAUGAUCCUUAUGGGAUUUUCAAAAAUUUUCAGUUUUAUUUCUUAGCAUUUAACAAUUUCCAGAAUUAAGAGAACAGAAUUGAGCUGCUGUUUAGUGUGAAAUUGUGGGUUACUUUUGACCCACAGUAAGUCUUUUAUUUCAAAGUAACAAAGGUAAUACAAAGGGCAGGUCCACAUCAGCUUAAUUGAAUUGUAGCUUCAUUGUUACUUUUGCCUGUUCAGGAUGUUUAGUUGGCUGUGUCUUCACUGUUAAUUACAUUUAAAGUUACAGUUACUUGGAAGGGGAAGAAACCAUUUUGAGAAGUCAGAACUCAUACUCUGCAAAGAGCUUUACUCUGAUUUCCUGCUUGUUACCAUUUUACUGUUUGCCUUGUCUGUCUCUGUGUGGAUUUAGAUACAUUGUUUCUGUACUGUUUUGGUUCUGAACCGUUUGAGAGUAAGUGGCAGAUGUGGUAAUGAUGCCCAUUGCCUCUGAAUCAGUGUUUCUCAACUUGUGGGGUAGCACCUAGCUCACAUACCAGAUAUUUACAUUACCAUUCAUAACAGUAGCAAAAUUACAGUUAUGAGUAGCAAUGAAAUGAUUUUAU